UUACAAAAUGUAUUUUUAAAAUGUCUUGCCAGUCAAAAUGGCGGCCUCCAUGAGUGCACUGAAUGUGUUUUGUAGUUUGCGGAAAACUUCGCGCAUAUUUCAUCAGGUGGGACUUCUCCAAUUUACCAAGAGCUGUCAUCCAGCAUUGGUACUGGGACUUUCCACAUGGUGCAACUUCUUCCAAAAUAACCUAAGCUCAACACUGCACAGCAGACUGUACUGUACAGGACAAAAGUCUCACUUAAACAAUCUGCCUUUGCCUGGAAGCUAUUGUCAGACUUUCCAUCGAGCCUUAAGUACACCAACACACCAGAAGGCAUCAGAAAGCACCAUUAGUGAGGACAAAGAAGAAGAAGAAUUGGACACGUUGUACAAAUCCAUUGAGUUAAAUGUCAAAGGUCACGACGAGGCCGUACUGGACAGCUAUGAGGCGUUUGUUUCCAUGGCAGCCAAGGAGCUAGGGGUUACAGUGCAGAGCAUAUCCAAACCACUGAGGAAGAUCCAACGGUUAACUUUAUUGAAAUCCAGACACAUCUACAAGAAGCACAGAGUACAGUAUGAGAUGAGAACACACUUUAGAAUUAUUGAGUUGAAGCACGUAACUGGGAGCUCGGCGGAUGUUUUCUUGGAAUAUGUAGAGAGACAUCUCCCAGAAGGAGUUGCUCUGAAAGUAACAAAGAGUGCUCUGGGAAAGAUGCCUGAUCAUCUCAAGUCUCCCCCAGAGGAAGGUAACGAGUCAUCCUCAUCAACAUCUGCAUCAUCCUCUUCCUCUUCCUCCUCAUCAGAAGAUGAAGAAGAUGAACAUCUCAGAUAGACUAAGGAAUGAUGCUGGAAAGAAGAUAAACUAAAUGCUCUCAACUUGGAUCAAAAACAUUUGAAAUGACAGACGGAAGUGCAUAAUACUUUUGGAUCCUGAGUACCAUUUGGUGGGGGGAGCGGG